AAGACGCACGAAGUACAAAACGGGCUUUCCCGUUGCAUUUGACAACGUCCGAGACAAUAUUUGAGGAGACACUGGAGGGCACGUUGACACCCAAAAUAAUUCGUACUUCACCACAUUUGCAAUGGAUUGCCAAAGCAUCCUACAAACUUCAACUCGGCAAGACAGGAUCCGCAAGAUGCGGUGUUGCGCACAUGUAGGUUUCCAUGCAGCCCUGAACAGUCCCCCUGCAUCCUACACCUCACCAUUACGUGGCGUGAUGGUCGGCAUGGGCCAGAAGGACAGCUACGUUGGUGACGAGGCACAGUCGAAACGGGGCAUCCUCACACUCAAGUACCCGAUCGAACACGGAAUCGUGACGAAUUGGGACGAUAUGGAGAAGAUCUGGCACCACACUUUCUACAACGAACUGCGUGUGGCCCCAGAGGAACAUCCCGUGCUCCUCACCGAAGCACCACUGAACCCGAAGGCCAAUCGAGAGAAGAUGACUCAAAUUAUGUUCGAGACAUUCAACACACCCGCCAUGUAUGUGGGCAUUCAGGCGGUGUUGUCGCUGUACGCAUCUGGUCGUACGACGGGAAUAGUGUUGGAUUCGGGUGACGGUGUCACUCACACCGUGCCCAUCUACGAGGGAUACGCUCUGCCGCACGCCAUCCUGCGUCUCGAUUUGGCAGGACGCGAUCUCACGGAUUACCUGAUGAAAAUCCUCACCGAGCGUGGUUACAGUUUCACGACGACGGCAGAGCGUGAGAUCGUGCGUGAUAUCAAGGAGAAGUUGUGCUACGUGGCUCUGGACUUUGAGCAGGAGAUGGCCACUGCGGCGUCCAGUUCGUCGUUGGAGAAGAGUUACGAAUUGCCUGAUGGUCAGGUGAUCACGAUCGGGAACGAGCGAUUCCGUUGUCCGGAGGCGUUGUUCCAACCGAGCUUCCUGGGUAUGGAGUCUGCUGGUGUGCAUGAGACCACGUUCAACUCGAUCAUGAAAUGUGACGUGGACAUUCGCAAGGAUUUGUAUGCGAAUACGGUGAUGUCUGGUGGGACGACCAUGUUCCCUGGAAUUGCGGAUCGUAUGCAGAAGGAGAUCACUGCUCUGGCUCCGAGUACCAUGAAGAUCAAGAUAGUGGCACCUCCGGAGCGCAAGUACUCUGUGUGGAUUGGUGGUUCCAUUUUGGCGUCGUUGUCUACGUUCCAGCAGAUGUGGAUCUCGAAGCAGGAGUAUGAUGAAUCUGGUCCUGGUAUUGUUCACCGCAAGUGCUUCUAAACUGGUCGCACUCUGUCGCUGAUCAUGCCUGAUCUUCAGGUGUUGCACUAGUAAUGAGACCAACUCUGUAUUCAACGUUAUCUUUUUAUUUCUCCUAAACUUCCUUGAUUAGAUGCUUUUCAUCUCC